GGGGGAAAAAAAAAAAAAAAAAAGUGUGAUGUAUUCUUUCAGUCCGGGCCCCCCCUCUCCUCUCCAAAUCUCCACCUCCAUUCUUUUGAACCUCCUCCAGACUUUGACACCCCCAGUGAUGUACAUAGGCAGAGCCUGCCUGCUCUGAGGUCAGUUGUUGAAUGGGACAGAGUACAUUAAAGUACUGCGCUGUUUGUGCAGCCAAAAUAGCGCACACGCGGAGCCGCUCACAUCUCAAAUAGUUGGGCUUUUUUUUGUUAUUGUUGCUGUUGUUGAGCUGGACUAACGAUCCGGAGAGUUUUGGGACUGUAUUCGAUUAUUUAAAUGGAGUAAGAGUUUCAACUUUUUUUUUUCCCCCGGAUUUUGUCUUGGUUGGAUCUGCUGUGCGAUGAGUGAAGAGGAGCUGAGAAGCUCCCCCGCUGCUUUUAGAGAGUGAGGGAGGAGGAGGAUUUUUAGGGGCUGCAGCCUCGCUCGGCGACUCUCACACGGUUGCGCCGGAGCCAUCAUGAGCAGCCUGGCUCUGCCGGAGCUCAGCGGCAGCUCCAGCUUCCGAGAAGAUGCUCCCCGGCCGCCGGUGCCGGGGGAGGAGGGAGAGGGCUCCCGGCCUGCCAAAAUGAGAGCCCGGAGCCACCACCACCACCAGCAAGGGAAGGAGGACUCCGCUCCGUCCUCGCUCCUGCGCGGCUCCGAGGACGGACUGGGGGAGCCGGAGGGCAGCGCGUCCCCGGACUCCCCCUUAAUCCGCUGGACCAAGUCCCUGCACUUCCUCCUGGGAGACCGGGACGGGGCUCACCUCUUCAAGACCUUCCUGGAGCGGGAGAACUGCGUGGACGCGCUGGACUUCUGGUUCGCAUGCAACGGGUUCCGCCAAAUGGACUUAAAGGAUACCAAAACGCCGCGAGUGGCCAAAGUGAUCUUCAAGCGGUACGUGGAGACCAGCGGCGUGGUGGCCCAGCGGCUCAAGCCCGCCACCAAGACCUUCAUAAGGGAUACUAUCAUCAAGAAGCAGCAGGUCGACUCGGCCAUGUUCGACCAGGCGCAGACGGAGAUCCAGUCGUACAUGGAGGAGAACGCGUACCGGAUGUUCCUGACCUCUGACAUAUACCUCGAAUACGUGCGCGCCGGCUGCGAGAACGCCGCCUACAUGAGCGGCCACGGCCACGGCGGGCUGGGCUCCGGCCUCAAGCUCAUGUGCGGAUACCUGCCUCCCCUCGUGGAGGAAGAGGAGUGGACUUGUGCGGAUCUCAAGGCCAAAACUUUGGGUUCUGUCGUGGGACUGUCUGCAAAAAACUUGAGGGCUACAGCCACCAUAAGGACAGCGGCUGAAGUCCUGGAGAACAGCUACAGGUCCCACCGCCGAGGAGACCCUGCCAGUCCAUACUUUGUCAACUCUGGCUACAUCUUUGCCCCUGCCACCAGUGCCAACGACAGCGAGAUCUCCAGCGAUGCCACAACAGACGACUCCAUGUCUAUGACCGACAGCAGUGUAGAUGGAAUCCCUCCGUACAAGGUGGGCACCAAGAAGCAGCUCCAGAGAGAGAUGCAUCGCAGUGUUAAGAUCAACGGUCAAAUCACGCUACCCCACUUCCCCAGGACACACCGGCUGCCCAAGGAGAUGACCCCCGUCGAGCCCUCGGCUUUUGCCGCCCAGCUCAUCGCCAAGCUGGAGAAGCUGAAGCGAGAGCAGGACACAAUGAGCUCGCUGGAGGAGAGGCUACAGCAGAUCCAGGAGGAGGAUGAAAGGGAGGAGAGCAAUGACCUGAGCAGCGGCCCGUCCCUCCACCAGCCUCUGCUGCCGCCGGGCGGCCAGGGUGAGGAGGACCCCCAGGCCAUCCUGGACGAGCACCUGUCCCGGGUGCUGAAGACGCCCGGCUGCCAGUCUCCGGGCGUGGUGCGGCACUCGCCGCGCUCGCGCUCCCCGGAUCAGACCGGUACGCUGGUGUCCUCCGGUCACGGAGCCUUCUUCGACGCUUACAACGGCACCGCCAAGGUUCUGGUGGCCGGCCGGCAGCCCACCAAGCACAUCCACCACCAUUACAUCCACCACCACCACGCUGGGCCCAAGACCAAGGAGCAGAUCGAGACGGAGGCGGCUCGGCGCGUGCAGUGCCUCUGCCCUCCAGGGGGCGCCAAUUAUUCCGACUUCACACCUGCGCGCUGCAGCACUUUGUCCAGGCGGCCGGUCAAGGCCUGCGAGGAGGGCGUGUGUUCGCCAUGCCUUCCUCUCGUCUCCACCGACCGCUCUCAGAAUGUUUGGCAGUGGAUCCUGGAGAGCGAGCGGCAGGGCAAGCACAAGCCACACAGCUCUCAAGGCCUCAAAAAGCCCAACCCGCUCGACUCCAAGAUCCUCCCUGCUCGAACCAACUCCUCGUGGGGCGGAGGAGGGAUUGGCAACGGCGCUCAGUUCCGUGGCCAUCAUCCAGGCCACCCUUUCAUCCAGGAUCCAGCCAUGCCACCUUUACCCCCACCCAACACGUUGCAGCAGCUGGAGGAGGCCUGCCGCAGGCUGGAGGAGGUUUCCAAACCACCAAAGCAAAGGCAUUCAACAGCAGCCAGCAGCCUUCAGAGGGACAGGAGCCAUCCAGCUGUUGCCUUCCCCGCUGGAGGCAGCUCUCCAGCCAACCCCGGACCCCAGGCAGACGAGUCUAAGGAGCUGGUGGUCACCUACUUUUUCUGUGGAGAGGAGAUUCCUUAUCGCAGCAUGAUGAAGACCCACUGCCUCACCCUGGGUCACUUCAAGGAACAGCUUAGCAAGAAAGGCAACUACCGGUACUACUUUAAGAAGGCGAGCGACGAGUUCGAGUGCGGAGCAGUGUUCGAGGAGGUGAUGGAGGACGCCACUGUGUUGCCCAUGUACGAGGGCAAGGUCCUGGGCAAGGUGGAGCGGAUGGACUGACGGCCAGAGCCCAGCCAGGCCUUUCCCUGCCCAACCAAAAGCUAAACUGUCCCUAAAAAACUCGAGCAAUGGACUCUGUGUAAAACACUCUUUUAUUAUUAUUAUUAUUAAUAUUAUUAUUAUUAUUAUUAUUUCGUAAUAUUAAGCUAAACAGAGUUAAUAUAUCCAGCACAAGAGGAGUGAUUGAAGGAAGAUGAGCCAAUGAAGUAUGCCGAACUCAGAGGAGGUGCUGUGCCUCCCUGACUCUCUCUACCAACCAGCCUUAGAAACACAAGGGAACGACAUGCCAGACUUCCAGGACCCCCACGGGAACGAGGACGAUGGUCGGAGGCCGGCGGAGGGGGAGCCCCCGCCUCCUCUUGAACAUAACCACUGAAGAUGUAGAUGACUGUUGUGACGUGACGCCAGAGCGAUGGUGCGUCGGCACCGGCCUAGCGGACUAGCAGCGCCACCAACCUGCUCUUAACGUUACACUCCGACAUUGUUACAAAAAACAUCCAUACGUGUGCAUAUACAUACAUGCAUAUAUGUAUAUAUACAUGUAUUAUAUAUAGAGAUGCUUUUUUGUAUUGAGUUGAAAGUUUUAUUUAGUAUUUAUUGAAAAAGAAACCCCAACCUUUCCCUCUUGGUACCCUCCCCCUUCCCGUUUCCAGCCAAUGGGCAAGCUGCUUUGAAUGUUGGGAGAAUACUGUGGUGAUACUGUUUCAUGUUUUGUUUUUUUUUUGGUUUGUUUUUAAUGUUUAAAGGUUGUCACACUAGCCUAACUCCUCCCAUUGCCUUGUUGCCACGUCUGAUCCGAACUAACAACCUUAGCGAGGGUCUUUGUCCAAGGCUCGGCCCACUAUUCCGACGGUCAGUUCCCGGUCUUAUAUGCUGCUGAUAGUUUGUAAAGUCCAGUUUUGCCACUCUUAGCACCUGCCAGCGCUCGUUGUCUCCCCCCCAACCCUCUCUCUUUUGUUUUCUUCCCUCUUUGGCGACAGAGCUCAAUCUUUUUUGUUGUGCCUUUGUUUGUAAACCAGGCAUUGCACAGGGAUGCAGGGGAAGGGAUGGGUGGGGGGGGGGUUAGAAAAACGUUCAAGACACACACGAAGAGGAGACCUAAUAACGGCAGUGUUUACAGCCCGUAAACCAAAAUAACUCAUGGCAACAGGAAUGAGUUUGGGUCACUGAGAAGGGGCUUCUUGAAGAAGUCGGCUAGCGUGUCAAAAAACACAAAACAACUACAAAAAAAAAAAAGAAAAGAAGCAAAAACGGUGAAGAAACAUGGCUCCAGUAUCUUUUGAAUGUUGUUACGGUAACAUCGUAUACAGCAGAGCUCCUGCGUACAUUGUAAUUAUGCAUUCUGAAGUAUGGAUACGGACACAUGUGAUGCACACACAGAAUACACAAGCACACACCAACUCCACACGACUGCUGGUGUUUUAUGAGUACAGCACCUGUGCCUACAUGGACGCCAUACCAUGUGCUACCCUGUUUCAGGGUUUUAAUAUAUAUCCCUUAGUUUUCAGAAGGGUUUUAUGUUGAAAAGAUAUUUUUAUGCUUUUAAUAAUGUCCUGUAAUCAUGUUUGUCGUUUUAUUUUGUUUGUUCGUUUUGUUUUUACACCAUGGCCUUUUUUUCAUUCUAUGUAAACUGUAAAUUAUACAUUAUAUACAGAGUUUCAUUUAAAGAUUUACAUGGACCUAUAAUUAUUGUAAUUAUUGAGAGAUGUAGCCUUUAUUAAAGUUUUAUAUUUUUCAAAUGAAA